UGAACGGAACCUGAACGGAACUGGAGACGCGACGCAAAUGGAAAAGAAAACAUAAACGCUGAAAGCUGGAAAAAUGCGCUGUAAAUCGCCAGCCGUUGGAUUGCAAGUGCAAAAGCGCGUUGCCGAGUGUGCCCGUGAAUAAAUCGCGAUGCAAUAGGGUCGGGAAAGUGCGGAAAACAGCAGCGAAAAGCGAGCGAACCCAGUGCCAACCCCGCACCGCCCCUCCACUCGACGAGCGACGUCAGCGGGCGAAAGAGCGGGCGUGUUGUUUUUGCCAUUGCUAAAUAAUUUCUCCGGGGCGCUCCGCUGGACAAAAAGUGAUUUUUUUCCGCUGGCGUGCGCGUAUAAAUAAAUAGCUGAAAAGAGCCAGAGAAAAUCUAAGGCACAAAAUCAGGCAGAGAAAAUACAAAUCGGUGGAAAGAAAAAAUCAGAAAAAAUCAGCGAAUAGAAAGUGUAUACCGCCUGCACUUGUGCCUGUGUGUGCCUGUGUGUGUGAUGUGUGUUGGUGUGCGGGGCAGAGAACACAAGGUGCAAAAUGUUUACAAAAAAAUCGCAUGCCGACGUGAAGAAAUCCACGGCCAAAUUGCAGGACUGCAAAAAGGAUUCAGCCUCCAGAUUGCGACACCUACGCAUGAUAUUGGAUAAUGUGGAGCUAGAAGAGUCGAAAUCACUGUUCGAGACCAACUACAGCCAUGUCUACUUUAUUCUGUACGACACCUUUAUUCAAGCCGAGGCGAAUCUGAAGCAAAAAGAACUUCCGUUUCACAUUGUUCACAAGGCGCAUCGCGAGGAACUAGACGGCUCACUAUGGCUACUGGAGAAGAUCCUGUGCCUUCUGCCGGAGUUGUUGGCCCGUCGGUGGCAAUGUCACUCCCUGAGUCGCAUAAUGGCCAAGCUGCUCCACCUAGGCAACUCGCCCAAGCUGAGACGGGAAGGUGUCAGAUACUUCCUGCUGUGGUACCAGACGUUGGGCGAGAAUGCCCCAGGCUAUGUGCACGCCAUGUACGCGGAUCUCAUCCCCGGCCUAAUUGUGCCCCAGAAAGGUGUCACCGGACCGGAUACGGAGUUCAGUGCCUCGGACUUUCUUACCCAUCCGAACAUGAAGGCGGAUGGGGGCAUGGCCUCCGUUUUCCACGACAAUGCAUUCUCGCAUCCCGUGCAGAGUUCGGAGGUAGUGGCCCUACUGCCUCCUUCAUCCAGCGAAAAGUCAGCGCCACCGGAUCCCCGGGAUGGCCUAGAGGUUCUGCUAAACAGCAUGGUACAAACAGCGGCCUGUUUGCGAUGGCGUGAUAAUCGCGCCCAGAAGGAUCACCGGGCAUUUGCCUUCCUGCUGCAGCGCUUUAUGGAUGUGUUCCUGCCCGUCUUUUCGCCCAAUUUCGAUACGAGCUGCUCCAUCUACAAUCCCCGCCUGGAUCUACCCGUCAUGCGAUCGAUCAACAAGAAGGAGGAGGUGAUGGCCUCGUGUGUGGUGGUCCUGAUCACCUGGGUAUCACGUUUCACCCAUGAACGUUUGUUAAGCCAUCGCUUGGAUUGCACUCUGCACAUCGAGGAUGUGGACCAUGUGCGUUUGCAGGGCUAUCAGCAGGGACGCAUCGUUCGGGAUGUGUUCUACGUUAGUCGAGAAAACAUCAACUUUGUGCACGAGGUGUAUCGUCAGGCAUUUCUGCUGAACUUCACCUCCAAACCGCAAAUAGAAGCAAUUCGCACGGCCAUCGCUGUGUACCGCGAUUGGAUGACGGGCGAGACUCCUCCGCCGUUCCUGCUGGAGCCCAAUGACGAUCCGCCCCCUCCGCCGACGGCAGGUGGAACUCCUAGGAGUCAGCGACUACGCACGCCCUCUUAUGUGGGAGCCAUUGCGGGCUCCAAGGAUCAAUUGGCGGUCAGAGCUGGGCGGCAAAAUGUAUUACAGGUGUUUGUGACCAAUGCGGCGAAUGUGUUCCUGGUGAACACCGCCAACCUGAACAUCUGCUUCCCCACCCGCUCGCGAACUUAUCGCUCCACUCCACUAGAAGAGCAGACGGAGAUCUGCAAGAAGGUGCUGAAUGUGUACCGCACCAUGGUGAUGAACACGGAGAUGGAUUCGCGCACCUGGGAGCAACUGCUGAUGGUGUUGUUGCAGGUCACCUCAGUGGUGCUGCACCAGAACCACCAUACAUUGCCAAGUGGUACCCCUAAGAGUGCCACUUUGGGCGGAAUCCUAGGGUCGGCUAUAUUCCAGACUCUGAUUGUCACAUGGAUACGAGCGCACACCAAGGUGCCCGUCAACGUGCAGUUGUGGGAGAAAUUCCUAAAUGUCCUGCAAUCCUUGACGCACCGCGAGGAGCUCAUCGUUGAAUGGAACAAGACCAUUCAAACUCUGACUCGUGUCUUUUCGCGAUACACAUACUGCAUAAACUUGCUAGAUCUUCCCCUGGAUCGAGUGGCGGAGAGUCGGGCGGAAAAACGUCGUCGCAUCGGCAGCGUCUGGCAGGCAUCGGGAUCGGGCAGCGCUGCCAAUGGAGGCAGUGCCGCUUCUGCUGCCAUUAGCCAAAGCCGACAGCGGGAGUCCCUAGCGGAAUCGGGUAGCAGUCGCUCGGAGGAAACCUCGUCGCAGAUGCCACUUGCAAAUCAUCCACGACCUCACCACCAGCACACGCAAUCCCAAGGAGGCACCGGCACACGACCAGUUCCCUUGACUCCCAUGCUAAGUAGGAGCUACAGUGAAGGUAGCUUAGCUUCAGCGGCCAGGAGCUCUAGAAUUCGACGCCGUCGGGCUGCCACUCCGAAACCAAAGGUGCUCCAACCACCACAGACGGGAGAGAAUCGCUCUAACCCACAGGAUCUGAGGAGAGCUAUGUCCCUGGACUCACUGGCUAGGAAGGGUGAUGCAGAGGAGACGGACAGCUACCAGGAAGGUGACAACGAAAGUGGAGCGGGUUCCAGAAGUCCCUCACCCACAGCCAGCAGUGGAAUUGAAGGUGGAUCCAUCAAAGAUGCACAGCUGCAGAUAGAUGCCAGCCUGGACGAUGCCAAUUCUGGGAGCUACGGGAGUGGCAGCAACUCUGGAAGUGUUUCCGGACGUCGCUGCAUUAUCUUAGGAGGCUCAGCGGAGGGUUGGCAUCCAGAUUCCACCUCCAUCAUGUGGAAGCGCAUGCUUGGUGCCUUGGGAGACGUUAAUCGUAUCCCAAAAGCGGAUCUGCACGCCCAGGUGUUUAUGCAUUUGCUGGAGAUGACGCAAAACCUCAUCAAGAUCAAGCAGAACCAAGGGAUAUCCUCGGAUAAUCAGAGCACUCCACCGAUGCCGACUUUGGUGCCACCCAUUGGAAUUGUGGCGCCCUGGUGUUAUGGAUCUCUUUCGCUAGAUCGAUCCUUUAAGAAUGGCAAACUAUGGGCCCUUCAAUUGCUCUGCUCGCUCGCGAUUCAUGGAGCUGUGGGCAUGCAGCAGCUUCCCUUGUUUUACCAUGCUCUUCAUCAGCUGUUGACUGGUGAAGAUCGGGACUUGAUUUAUGCGAUUCUCAAACACUUGGAAGGACCCAGGUUGCUGAGCUUGCUUUUGCCAGGACACACUUUGCUGCUGCUGGACUUGGUUCAUGCGAGUGCUAUAUUGCUGACUUCACUGGAGGUUUCAAGGAGCACGCCGAGAGCCGAGGUGGCGGCUCUCCUGGGUUCGCUGCUCUGCUAUCCGUCCUCCUUGCUGCCACGCCCUGUUCUGCAGCCCUCGCCACAGAAGUUUGAGCUUAUGGAGUGUCCGGAUUUGCAGGAUCACAUCCUAAACAUUGUCCUCAGAUGCGCCAGGCGGGAACCUUCGGCCAAGGCGCGAUGCAUUGCCCUCUCACAACUGGGUCAGUGGCUGCUUAUGCGUCUUUCUCAACCCUUGCCGGUGUCCUCGACGACCGGAAGGGGAAAUCUCUUUCAGCAGGCAGUGCCCCAUCACAAAGAUGUGCAUCCCAAGGAGGCGACAGUCUACAAUCCGCGCAUCAAGGAGGUGCUCCAAGUACUGCUCCAGGCGCUACAGUUUAAGCAUCACACUAUCGCCAUGGUUGCAGUUGAUUCAUUGAAGUUGUGUGCCGAACGUGGACGCCAACUGGCCGCCAUUGAAAGGGUUCCCCAGCUAAUCAUCACAGCCAUCUGCAAGGCUUUGGAAAUCCAAAACGUAACCAAGCCCAAGGAUUCGGACAAGGUGGUUCUUACAUCGCUGAUGCUGUGCUUGGGUGAAUUCUGCAUGGCUAUUCCUGCUCCAAUUAUGCUGACGCCCUUCAACGAACAGGGUGAUACUCUAGUGCUCCAGGUACUCAGGGUACUCCUGCAAGUUGCCUCGGGAGCUCCACGCCAUGAAAGAGUAAAACUGACCGCCGACGAUGAUUUCGAUAUGCACAUUACCCACGACGAUCUCCAAGGAGAUGGACGCCUUCCGGAAGCUACCUAUCAAACAUCCGAGACCAUUCAGAAAUGCAUCACAGCCAUCAAGUUGUGUGCCAAGGCGGUGUCCAUGCAUCUGGUCACCCACGUCGGUCACUUUCCCAUGGGGAUCGGAGCAUCUCGCUUGAGUUCCAUGGUUGAGGAGCAGGAUGACAUUGGUAAUGCUGCCUAUGGUGGUCAGGUGGAGUCGCGACGCGACUCUGUGGAACUUCCUUCUGCUGUAAAUGCCCAGAACAUGCAGCUGUUCAUGUUAAACUCCGGUCUGGUGGCCAGUUUCAUUGAGCUGCCCACGCUGAAACUCCCUGGUGGAGGAAUCACGGCUGGUUUGGUCACAGCCGAGAAGCAAGUUAGGGUCCUGAUGCGGGAUCUCAAUGGCAAAGCUUGUUGGGAUGCCUCCAUAUUGUAUUCGGAACCGCGGAAGGCGGAGGAGCCUCCUGCGAAAACCACACCAAAGAUUCACCACACCCAACCGUUAGAUUCCAUGGUGUCUUCCAUGGUGGCGCAUGAGCUGCAGGCACCACGACACACUCUGCGUCACCGUCCGGCGGGAGUGCUGCCGCUGGCCAAGGACAUGGCCCCGGAUCUGGAUCAACUGGACGAUAUGUUGGCCUAUAUUGGUCAUACCAGUCCAGAGUGUGUGCCCCCCACUGUAAGCCAGUUGAAUGCUCCAAGCAGCAGUCCCCUGAGUGGAAAUCAGGAGGCGCAGGCGAUUUCAGUGAUCCUGAAUCAACGCCUCUUGGAGCAGGAAUUCGUAACACACUCGGCGCUUGCUCCAUCCCCGGCUUUGCGUCACGCCAGCUCAAACUCAUCGCUGCAACAGCCGGAUCAGAGGUCCCUGCACUCCGCUACGCCUUCCUUUGAUUCUCUGCCCACCCGCACUGAGAUGCCGUUCCAGUAUUGCCGACUGCUCUUCUCACAUUUGGGUCUAGCUGGCUGGGAGCGACGCUCCAGGACGCACUUGCUCCAGCGGAGCGAGAAACUCAUGCGAGAGUUGCGAAACGUGGAUCUUCAGAAAUGCCGGGAAACCCAUAAGAUGGCGGUGAUUUAUGUAGCCGCCGGCCAGGAAGAUAAAGGAAGUAUUCUUAGGAAUACGAGUGGAAGCAGCACCUACGAGAUGUUUGUUUCCGCUUUGGGUUGGGAGAUCGACCUGGAGACGCACAAUGGUUUCCUGGGUGGAUUACCCCGUCAAGGAUGCGGGGCAACAGCUCCGUAUUACGCCACACCCUUUCUUGAGGUAGUCUACCAUGUGGCCACCAGAAUGCCGUCGGACUCCUCGGAGGCCAUGCUACUGAAGACGCGACAUCUUGGCAACGACGAGGUCCACAUUGUGUGGAGCGAGCACCAUCGGGAUUACAGACGGGACAUUCUGCCCACCGAGUUUUGCGAUGUGCUGAUUGUGGUUUAUCCGCUGAAGAAUGGUUUGUUCCGAGUGACUGUCAACCGGAAGCCGGAGGUUCCAUGGUUUGGACCAUUGGCCAAUGAGAGCGUGGUAAGCGGCGCCUGCUUGGCCACCUUGAUCCGCGCCACUGCCAUCAAUGCCAGUCGGACGAAGCGCGCCGCCUUGCCGCUCUACCAACAAUUCUACGAGGAGCGCAACAGGUCGUUGGAUAGCGUAUCUUCGCGAUACAAGGAGAGUACCACUUUUGAGGACUUCGCCAGCCGCAUCUUCAAUCCCAUGCCGCUGUCCACGUUGGGCACUUUACGGGAAUCCAAUGCCAGCAGUUCGGCAGCACCUCUUGCUUCGGCUUUGCUCGAUCACAAUCGUGCUUCCGUGAAAGGUUGGGUUCAAGCUUCGAUUGACUCUGGCCCCAUAAUAGGAAUAGCGCCAUCGGCCUCUGCUGGAUCCACCGCAGCCAUGGAGGCAGCCACCGGAAUGGCCUCUGCCUCGCCGCGUGGCCCCCGAAAACUGGGAGCUCCUUUCAAGAGCGUGACCAAGAAGCACUCGCUGCAGCAGAUUGUCGUCGGAGGCGGCGGAGGAGCAGGUGGUGACACGCCGCCCGAGAGUCCAACCUUGCCGCAGCGACGCUUCAAAUAAUACUUGUCCCUUUCCUGCGAUUCCCGGCACCAUCUGCACCCAUUCCCCUCCCCACCAAUCGGGCCGAGGGCCAAGCCAGGCCCGAAAAGAUGCAGAGAGUUCUAAUGCAAACGAAUAGUAUUGCGAAACACGUUUCCUCCUACAUUAGUUAUUGUAAUUUAUUUCAUUUUCCAGCUUAGUCUAUCAGUGUAUUUACAUAUUUAUUUCCUGCUACUCUGCUAAUCGAACGCUACUCUCUAACGAUUUCCCUUCCAUUUUUCACUUUCAAGUUAACACUGUGUUGUAAUACUUUGCGAAUUUUACCUAGUUACAAUGAUGCAUCGUCUGCGAUGCGGCUGUAUUUUGCGUCCAAUCAAACUCACUAAUUUGAAAUUAUGUUAUCUAUGCACUCAAUUAUGUUAAUUAAUUUGAUGUAAUGUAAGAUUAUUUAGUUAAUGAGCUUUAAGCAUUCGAGUGCAAAUUGAUGAUUAUCAGCUAGCUGAACAAUUGCUUUUUUCGCAUUUACUGUGCUGCGCUUUUUAUCCAAAGCAAUCUGUUAUUCAAUAUUAUAGAUAUUAUUUUUACAUUUUUAUGUCACAUUUUACGCUUGGCAACGAGAAGCAAAUUCAAAGAAUUCGAGAAUCGUUUUAAGUGUCCCGCACAAAAUGCAAGAAUAAUCAAAAUUCGAACAUAGGAACUUGCUCUGCCCAUUUAAAGCAACACGUCAACUACUAGUAUUAUGUAAUCGACCUAUUUGUAUAGGUAGCCUAGUUAUAAGCAUUCUCUACUAACCAAUCCCCUAUCAACUGUCGAUGGCAAUCGUCACUAGGAGUGUGAGUCUUAGAAAGGAAAACAAAACAACAGAGUAACUAAAAUUGUUCAAACAAUCGCCUUUUAUUUGUGUGUAAAAAUGAAAUUGUUACAAGAUGAUUUAUUAAUCAGCAUAAGGAUGUUCUUCAUUUGUAUUUCACUGCGAAUUGUUUCAACGAAUUGAUCAAAUUGAUAGAUUUAUAUUUAUAUAUAUUUACACCGAGAUAUGUUAAUUUUGUAUUUAUGUAAAACGGGCAACUGAAAGUUAAUUGCAAUGCCUUUUUGUUGCACAAAUGUUUUAUGAAAUUUGUAGUCUAAUUAACACAAUUAACCGUAAGCGAGUAAACAUUUUUGUAUAAAAAAAAAUCAAACAAAAACCAAUAAAUCGAAAAGCAAAUUAGUGCUAUGUGAAAUUUGUAACUAACACCAA